AUCCCGGAGAUCCCUCACUGUAUAUAUAUAUAUAUAUAGUUAUAUACACACCAAUCUGAACCCAUUCUCAUGAGGUCCCAGCAGCCCACUUGACCAUUCCACUUCAAACUUCAAACCCUCAUCUGCCCAAACGCAGCGUUUCAAUAUCUUGCUAAACCCAUGUCCAACCAUGGUUGACACCUAACCCAAAUAUGCUUAACUAUGGUUUAUUUUUACUCCCCAAUCAACCCACACACAGACCCACUACGCUUUAUAAACACAAACCAACCUCAGCCUUUGAAACAGACUAACGAGAGAGGAAACCAAAACGAACGCCAAUUUUGAUUAGAAGAAUAUGGAGUACAUCGACGAGGAAGAGGCCUGGAAAUGUCCUAAACACCCCUCCAAACGCCGUCGUUUGGGAAUCUGCCACGUCUGCCUCCGCGAGCGUCUCGCCUCGCUCUGCCCUGACUGCGCCAACGAGCGACCGUGUUCCUGCAGCGCCACAACGUCUUCAUCCUCUUCAUCGUCCUCUUCCUUCUCUCGAUUCUCCAUUGCUGGCGGCGAGAUCUCCGGCGGCGGUAUUGGAUCCGUCGGCCGUGUAUCUAACCUCAUAGAAAGCGAGCCCGCGUUCCGGAGAUCGAGAUCCCUCGCGAUUCCGUUUCUCAGAUCGAAACCGAGCGUCGGCAGGGAUUUCGGUGAACGACUAGACAUGUCAGAGGCCCAUAAGAACAAGAACUCUUCGUCGUUUUUGUCGUUUUUCAAAUUUAGUAAGAGCAAGAGGUACGAUAUUGAUGCGAUCAGUACCGUCUCUGUGGAAGCCGCGACAAAGAGGCCCGAAAUUAGCGUGGAAGACGAGAGGAGAAGUAUGAUGAGAAAAUCGAGGUCCGUGGCUGUGACGUCAGAUUCCGGCAUCCGUGACUCAAGGGCCGCGCCGUCGAAAGGUAAGGGAUGGCAUUUUCCAAGCCCGAUGAAAGUCUUCAGGCAGUCCAAAAUUUCAAGAGUGGUGCACGAAAGGUCGCCCUUGUACAGAGGUUAAUUAAUAUCUAUAUAUAUAUAUAUAUAUAUAUAUAUGCCUUGUUAAUCCAUUAAUAUUAAUAAUGUUAUUUAUAUAUGUAUUUUUGGAGGUUCAAGAUGAAAUUAAGAGGGUUGCUUAAUUGAUUUUUUUUUAUUUUUUGGGGGGUUUUUCUUGGAAAACUUAUUGUUAAUGUGGGUGGGGUAAAAAUUGUACUUAUGAUGUUGCCAACUUACUGUGUGCAUGAUUGGGUUGGAUUUAGUUAAAAGAAUCUUUCAAUGCUCAACUGCCUCCUCAUAAU